AUGUCACCUGGCCAACCAGUCCCUGAUCCAGCCUGGCCGCCUGGGACUGUCCUUAUUGAAGACAAGCUAGCAAACUCUGACACGACAAAAGAUCUUUCACAGCCAGGAGACUCUGAGGUAGUCCUUCAGCCGAGACCUACAAGAAGUCCGAAUGACCCGCUGAACUGGCCGUUAUGGCGUAAGAAUCUGAACUUCGCACUCGUGUCUUACUACGUUGUGAUGGUACUCGCCCUUAUCGACGUCGCGACAGUAACCUGGGGCCCACUCAACCUGGAGCUGGGUUUUAGUUACGCUCUCCUCAACGAUAGCUAUGCUGCAGGUUGUGGUUCCCUCUGUAUCGGAGGUCUAUUCUUGGUACCUUUUGCUCUCAAAUUCGGACGCCGCCCAAUCUAUGUGUUCAGCACUGCCAUCCAGUGUGGAAUCAGUGUGUGGUCUGCAAAGAUGCAGACGGUGACUGAUCUCAUGCUGGUCAAUAUAUUGAGCUGCAUUGUGGGAGCUCUUGCAGAAGUGCUGGUGCAGAUGACCGUGGCUGAUAUCUACUUUGUUCACCAGCGCGGCCUCACUAAUACAAUCUACUUCUGGUUCAUGACUGUUGGAGUGACCCUGUCACCUCUAGCUGGUGGCUUCAUCACUCAGUCUCAAGGAUGGCGCUGGGUCUGGUGGUGGAUGGCUAUACUGUUCGGCGCGGGCCUUGUGGCCUUCAUUUUCCUCUACGAGGAGACCAUGUUCGAUGCCUCCCCCAUCGAUGGGGUUCCCGUUGCCGAUAAACUGAACCCAAACCCGCAGCCUGACAAAGAGGAUCUCGAACGAUCGGCAGUGGAUAAGUCCGAUCCAGCACAAGAGGGCCAUAUAAUGCCUGAAGUGCUCCAGAUUGACUACUCAAUUCCCGAAAAGACUUAUAGGCAGAAACUCGCACUGUGGACGAAUUCCCUAAUACCGUUCUCGGAAGUAGCAAAACACUGCUACCAGCCAUUUUUGAUCCUUUUUAGCAUCCCCGGUGUCUUCUUCAUGGCAAUAUUAUACGGAGUCAUGACUGCCUGCACAACGGUACCGGUAACCACACUUUCAGCAGUCAUGACGCUACCACCGUAUAAUUUCAACGCAUCGCAAAUCGGACUAAUGGGUGUGCCACCAUUUAUUGGCACCACUAUAGGAGCUAUUAUUUGCGGGCCGUUGAGUGAUUGGAUAGCCCUCACCCUUGCAAAACGGAAUGGCGGCAUUUUCGAGCCAGAGAUGCGGCUUUGGCUGGCUAUUGCAUUUACACCAUUGGUUCCGGCGGGCCUUUUCAUGUUUGGCAUUGGACUGAACAAUGGCUCACAUUGGCUGUUGCCCGCGUUUGGACUUGGUAUCAGUGCCGUGGGAAUCGUUCCUCCUAGCAGUGCUGCAUUGACCUAUCUGACUGAUGCAUAUACCGAUAUCAUUGCGGACUCGGUCUUGGGAGUCACGUUCGUUCGCAACCUCAUCUCCACGGUCUUUAUCUUCGCUCAAACCCCUUGGGUUGAUAGGGUGGGCCUUUCAUGGUUCUAUGUGACGUUUGGCUUAAUUGCUACGGUUGUUCUUUUGGGUAAUUUGUUCUUCGUUUACUAUGGGAAGAAGCUUCGGGCGAAGCUGGCUGGCACAUAUCACCAUUAUAGCAAGAAACAGCUGAGGUCUAGAGCAAAUUAG